UUUAUCGUCAAAAUAAUCCUCCAAUAAUCGUACUGUAAUCCGUCACGCGUCCUUUCAGUUUCUUUUUCUUUCUCCACUCUCUUUCGUUAUCGAUGGAAACUUUGGAAACCCAAUUGAAUCAUCAGUGUACUACACGGUCUCGGAUGAGCUGAGAUUCCGAAUUGAAGUUUAUUGCAAUUCCUCAGGAGAAUCUACUAACCAAAAAGAAAAAGUGGCUGGAGGUGUAGCAUGUUUGGUUGGAAGGCUUCGAUGGUACAAGGGGAAGAUCAAAAAGAAAAAUCUUCUCUUUGAUCUCAGCUGUCAAAAGCCGCAUAAAGUUUUGUGGAGAGUUGCCCUAAGGUAGAAUGUUCUGUUGAAGACUGAAGGAGCUGCGUCCUUGUAUAAGAGGCAAGAGGAAUUUGGACAUAGACGGUCUUUAAUCCUGUCACAGCCUCUGAAGGAUCUAGUUGCCCAUGCUAGCGGAGAAGAACCAGUGUUGCUGCUUCAGCACGAACAUCAGCAAGAUUCUAGGGAGUUUUGGAGGAUUUUCCUUCAGAUCUGUGCCAAAGACUUCAACCAUGUGUUGAGAGUUUCCACUGAUGGCAAGCCCCUCUGGCCAAGGAUUUAAUUCAAACAGAAUCUAUAGGCGUUGGUUGGCUGAAACAUUUGAUGGUCAUGAAAUAGCAGAAGAUGAGCUAUCAGAUAAUCUUAUCGAAAAUGAUGAUAUUAUUCAGCCAUCAAUUGGAAAGUUACCUAUAAAUUUGGAGACUUUGGAACCAUAUGUCGGCAUGGAGUUUGAAUCAGCAGAGGAUGCUCGGGAAUUUUAUGAGAUCUAUGGAAGACGUGUGGGCUUUACCAUACGGAAUAACCGUACACGACGUUCACUUAAAGAUAAUUCAAUAAUUGGUCGGGAAUUUGUUUGUUCAAAAGAAGGUUUUCGUCCGGAUAAAUACGCCAACAGAGAAAACAGAAUUCUUCCUUCAAGGCCCGCCACCAGAGAGGGAUGCAAUGCAAUGUUGAGGAUAAAUGCAAAAGAUGGAGGAAAGUGGGUUAUAUACGGGUUUAUAAAAGAGCAUAAUCACGAGCUUAAUCCUAGCAAAAUACCACCCCGACGAUCGCAUAGGAUUGCAUUUUGUGAGGACAAGAAGGAUCUCAAGAUUCGAGAACUGUCCACAGAUCUUCAUCGAGAGAGAAAAAGGUCUGCAGCUUAUCAAGCACAGUUACAGAAGAUUUUGGAAUGUGUUGAGGAACACACUCGGCGGCUAUCCUUGAAGAUAGAAUCAGUGGUUAACAAUGUGAAAGAUAUUGAAUCUGAAGAGCAAGAAAAUUCAGACUUUGACUAGAAUGAGUGUCCUUUUGGACAAUUUCUUUCCGUGUAAACGAACCAGCCACAUUUCUUGUGUCUUCCUAGUUCACAUAAUUGAUUUGACUUCUAAUGUUCAUUUUGGGGAGCUUGUUCUGCAGCUAGGGUUUGACACAUCAAAAUCCAUUUUCUUCUUUUACCGGUAAACAUACAAACUAAUUGGUAAACUAUAUGUUACAUGGUUAGGAACUUUAGAGAUAAAUUUAUGUCUUGAAGUUCAUUGGUUGAACAUAAUGUAAUGUGAUCGAGAACUUCCCUUUGGAGAUUCAGGCUAUGUUCUGCAUACAUUUUGUAAAAUUUUUCUAUCUGGAUUAUUAAGUCGGAAUUAAUAUGAACAAAAUAUGGAAAUGAAGAUUCCUAUUGAAUAUGAAGAUUUUGUAUAUUUUGUUA